AUGGCACUCUCCGAUCAUGGCCCACCGUGGUUACUUGCGAGCCUUUCUCUACUCACCGGGACAAUCAGCAUCCUCAUCAAGCCUGGCGGACGCCAAACGUUCCUUGAAGAUGUCAAGCGCAACGUGGUGUCUUUCUCCCCAUUCCGAUCCGGAGCAAUCGUCACGGCUCUUCUCAUCCAUUUGAUCGACUGGAGACUCUUGAACAUUGCCGACAUAUAUGCCGGCUGGAGGCUGUCCUCGUACUACUAUUAUCCUUCGGACUUGUCUGAUGGUGUCUGGUCGCGUUUUGCGCGGCGAGCUUUCCUCAUCGGGGCAACACUGCCACUGUACACAAUGCUGCUAAUGUCCACGAGUUAUCGAUGGAUCCAGUUGUUCGCGACGUUAUUAGUCGCCGAAUCUGUGCUAGCUGAAUUGUUGAGGCCCUUCUGGGGGACUACAGACGAAGGCUUUUUUACCUUCCACAGAGGCUGGCCUAAUCAUAUUAUGCUGACCGCGAAACCCGUCGCUACACCCGAUCACAAUACCUUUGACCAUGUCGACACUGGAAGGAAAGCAAAUGAAACUACAGAAUUCAAAGAGGGUGGGCACAUGGCACCGCCCUCCGCUCUGAAAGAUAAUCUCUGCAAUCGCAUAAAUCAGCUCUGGUCGCCAGUGGCCGGUAUAGACAUCGAUUCUCCACCGCAUUCCUUUCCUCCGGAGAAUGCUCCCAAGUUAGAAAGAAUUUUCUCGCCGGCUGUCCAUGCCUCACAUUGGACGUGUGGGCACUGGCGCUGUCUUGUCUAUACGAGUUCGCAUGUCGCCAUGCGUACCAUCUGUUCGUCCUGGUUAUAUGUCGAGCUAGUAUCGACCGCCUGGCUGCUACACGUCGACCUGCGGCCAGUGACGCUCCCACUUUCCGAAAAGAUGCUUGAAAACAAUAUACUUGGGGGCGUGCUCACCUUGGUAUACCAAAUCUCUCUUGUUUUAACUGUAUUCGCCAUUGGUUUUAUUCUUUCCGCGGUGCUAUUUCACUGUCUGUGCAAGCAAGCGCGGAUAAAUCAAGCUUUGCGAGACCUUGCUGAAACUGCACCAAUAACCUACAAGGCUAUCGAUAUUUUCGGCAAACGGUUCGUGCCCCUUUGCGUGGGUCGUCUUUUCGGUCAAGCUUUAUUCCCCGCGGAUUCAUCGCUGACCAGGGAAAUCCUCUCAUAUGGCAUUGAGAUCAUGGUGAUUCUAGCCAUUUACAUACCCGGGUAUCGGCUCAUGGUCAGCCCACCUCGAUCAGAGCUGGCGCCCUUGGAGGCUGAACCCCAAUCCAGCUCUGGAUCAUCUUUGGACUCAAAGGCAGCUCCCAAUAGUCACUACCAGAGUGCUCAAGACCCGGCAGCAGCUACGGAGUCCCUUUCGACAUUGUCCAAUGACGAGACAAAAGCGUACACGGACGGAUGCGAAUUCUCGGAAACUCCAAGACAGUUUCACUUCGAAGUUUUCCGUCUAGCUAUUCUCGUCCCUACCGUGGCUGUUUGGAUUUUCCUCUACCAUUAG